GUUUGACUUUUGGGCACAGAAACUAUUCUCAGCCCUGUCUGUGCCUCAGAAUUGUUCUAUCUUUUCCCUUCAUGGAGUUCCUCCCCUGGCUUCCAAGUUUCACCACUGCCAUGCACUCCCAGAGACUUAGCUGAAAUUUCUAGGGGAACACACUGCAGGGUCUCCGACUCUCCAUCUCUCUGUCUGUAUACCUGCUGCUCUCCUCUCUAGCACUCUGACUCACAAACUUGAACCACCUACGCCUCCCAUGACCCUCAGCUUGUCUUCUCAAUUUGGGAAACAGCCAGGCUCCCCACCCUGAGUUGUGGCCUGGAAACUGUCCCAGAGAAGGAGCUAGACCUCCGUGGGGUACCUCAGUUCACUCCCACUCUCAGGGAUCAGAGGUCAUGGCUCUGAGCUGCCUGCUGCCCAGUAUUUGAAAGCUGUCAUUUUCUAUAUCUUGUGUUGUUUUAGUCCUUUCAAGUGUGAGGAUAAGCCCAUUCCUGUUUCUUCAUCUUGCCAGUAGUGGAAGUGUGUUAGAUUCUCUUGGAACUCAUCAUGAACCCCGUGAAACGUGAAGAGAACACGUCACUCAGUGCUACUGAAUAUGACCAGAGUACCCGACCUGAAGUUUCACAGGAUACUGGCACGGAGCAGUCGUGUGCUGGCACACCUGAUGAUCAUUCUCCAUCUGACAACAGAGGAUGCAGCAGCACCAUUGCACUUAAAUGCGAAGUGAGUGGGUAUGAAACAUCUCUUAAAACUCAGAACCCAAAUGGUAUAAUCAGUGAAAGACGUAAUUUCACUUUUACUGGGAAUAAUAUAUCCUGAAAAUUAGACCAUAGUGAAAAUACAGC